AUGCGACGUCUGCGCCCGCGCCAUGGCCUCGCUGCCGGACUCUCAAUAUGCCAAUAUUCUGAAUCGAUAAACCUUCCCCGGCCAUUCUCCAGCUCUCGAAUCAACAAUGAGAUCACACCGUUCACCCGCCGGCUCUUCAAGCUUCCCUCGGCACCACCCACGCCAACCCAGAACCACAACAACCUAACCACCUUCCUCUCCUAUGCCGAGCGCAUAUCUCUUCCCGAAACAAGCACCGUCUAUGUAGGCACCCACUACGAAUACACGGUCCUCCAAAGCCUACGGCGCUAUUCACUCUCCCUGCAGCGGAUCGGCGGCCGCGACGAUGCGGGCAUCGACCUGGUAGGCACCUGGCACCUGCCAGAGCGGGAGCGGGAGCGGGCAGUUCGCGUGCUGGUGCAGUGCAAGGCACUCAAGAGCAAGCUCGGGCCGAACCUGGUGCGCGAGCUCGAAGGGACGUUCCGCCAGGCGCCUGUCGGAUGGCGCACGGACCAGACGGCCGGCGUGCUGGUCAGCCCGCGCGAGGCAACCAAGGGUGUUCGGGAUGCGCUAGCGCGGAGCUCGUAUCCGCUGUUUUGGAUGAUGGUGGAACGGGACGGAACUUUGAGGCAGGCGCUUUGGAAUGCCCGGGCCGAGGAGCUUGGCUUGGGGCCUCUUGGGGUGGAGACCCGGUAUGGGACGCGGGACUCUGAGUCUGGGACUCUUACGAAGGAAGUCGCUUUGACUUGGGAUGGAUGUGAUAUCCCGCAUAUGGACCAGAUUGAGCGGGACUUGCUUCGCUUUGAGGACCAGUGGGUAGCAUCGUGGGGGGCAAAGUUGCCGGUGGUCGAGAAGGAUGUUCUUUUAGAUGCCGUAGAGAAGAGCUUCCCCGAUGGUCAUCCUGAGUCCGGACCAGAUGGCAUUGUGUCUGAAUCGUGUCAGACAAAGGUCCUGCAUGAACUACAAAAACAUUGA